GGUUAUGAUACACAAGUAGGAGCACGGGGUGGGAAGCUGUCCGGUGGACAAAAGCAGCGAGUUGCCAUCGCUCGAGCUUUGAUUCGAAAACCGGCUUUACUACUAUUGGACGAAGCCACAUCAGCGUUGGACAACGAAAGUGAACGCAUCGUGCAACAGGCUCUGGACGGAAUUGUGGGCACAUGCACAUCCAUUGUAGUAGCUCAUCGGUUGACAACCGUGGAAAAUGUCGACAAAAUUGUCGUUAUGGAGAAUGGACGUAAAAUUGAGGCUGGGGCACCCGCAGCUCUCCUGCAAGCCAAAGGGGCCUUCUACGCACUUCACCAUACGGAGCAAACGAGAAUUUAA